GAAAAGGCAUAGAUUUUUUGCCAAAAUUUUUUAUUACCAGACAAGAUUUAAACACACAAAAAUGGUCACCAAUUUGUCCUUUGGCUUUUUUAGCCGUUUUAACUUCAACCCAAAUUUCUUGCAAUCACAAGUACCCACUAGCUGUUUCUUCCCCAUCAAUCAAACCCCACUUCACCUUUUCAUUUCUCUUCUCUUCCCCACAAACCUAGGCUCCGAAUCAAGUCUCUGCUGAGGAUUCUGUGAUGGGUCGCAAAAGCAAUUCGGCGAUUGUCACCACAGCCAACGGGAAGACAGGGACCAUGACGGCAAUGACAGCACUUGCACCAGGAUUUCGAUUCCACUCGACUAAUGAAGAGUUGGUCAACUACUACCUCAAGAGGAAGAUUUUGUCUGAACUUGUGAGGUUUAAUGCCAUUGGUGAGGUCGAAAUCUACAAGCACGAGCCUUGGAACCUUGCGGGUAGUCUUCUAUUUCUCCCUUUUAUCUAUCUGCUCAUUUCCCAUUUGUGUUUGCUCUCUUGCUUGUUUAUUGUUCUACCAUGCUCCGAUAUGCUUCUUUGAGUUUCUGCUUCUCCACGCCUGGAUUUCGAUACAGCAUCCGAGUCUGCUUGACCCGAUUACUGGUUCGAUGAUGUUUCAUAAGGUUGAACGAGAGGGAUCUGAUGUUGAUGGAGGAGAUUAUACACGCCACCAAAAAGGGUACCAGGUUGUUGGACAUGUUAGGUUUUAGAGAUGAGGCGCAUUCUAGAUCUGGGUUUGAGAAAAACCCAGAUCUGGAGAGGAAGAAGAAGGGAGAAAAGAGAGAGAAAGAAUAAGAAGAAGAAAGAAGA